AUGUUUCGAUAUUCACGGACGAAAUUUCGAUUAUUGACUAAUGUCCAAUUAUUAUUGUCUAUAAGAAACUAUUUGUGCGAAAAAUAUCCAUCUGUUCUGAAGCAAUUAAAUAUGAAUGAAGAUUCGCGGAAAAUUUCUAACAUUUUACAAGAAUCACUUAAGGAAUCUGACGGAUUUGAAUGGUACCCUUUUAAAGUUGUUUCAUAUAAUUCAAAUGUUGCUGAAAAUAUUCGACUUGAUUUUGAUAGUGAUUCUCUCGCCGUUAUCGUUCUGAGUACACCGUUAUAUUUUGAGAAAACUCUAAAAUCUUGGCUUCAACAGCUUUAUUCUCAAGGAGACUGCUUACAAGAUCUUAUAAUUCGGGUCAAGAGGAAUCCAAUUACUCAUUAUUUUAAUCUGAAAUUCAGCAACAUUGAAAAGCUUGUUUCACCAUAUAAAAUGUGGUGGACUAGUGAUUACGAACCAGUGAUCCAUCGUCCUCCAAAAGUUUCUUUGCCUGCAGCUGGCCACGUCGCUGGUGCUGCUUAUUUUUAUCCACCAAAUACUGGUGGCAAUACAGAGAAAAGACGAAUGGGUUUAUCGCUUCAUCCACAAUAUGGUGGUCAUUUUUCAUUUCGGGGUGUUCUCGUAUUUCCUGAUAUAAAGUUAUCGAGUGAUUUUCGUGAGAUGUCUGCUCCAAAGCUAUUGGAAUCCGAUGAAGAAAUUAUUCGAGUUAUAGAUCUAUUAAAUCAUCAUUAUAUAGACAAUCGCUAUCGAGAUUUUGGCAAUCCUAAGCAGAAAUAUUCUGAUCUUCAGCUUAAAUAUUUUAAUACGGAUCCCAGAAAACGAUGGCAACUUAUUGCUCAUUGGUUUGAAGUUAAUUGA